CUUUUAUUUGUAUAGAACAAUUUACAAUGCAUUUGUUUUAAAUUUUAUGAUUAAUCAUACAGCAUUGAUUUAUGUAUUGGAAAUGUAUUACAUUAAACUAGGGUUUCCAAAUGUAAAAAAAAAAAAAAAAAAAAGUAAAAUAUAUCUAACCUGAAUUUCAUCUGUGCCCAUUACGCAACUUUAAACUGUAAACAUGUGUAUGUGUGGUUAAAUAUAGCCUAUUAAACUCUAUUAACACGUCUUUAAAGUGAAGGUUUCAUGUAAAAGUUCUAGAUCACAUUUUUACACAGAUUUUGAGAAUUUAAAUUAGCUUUAAAAUUAUAGGCUACACUUAAUGAAUCCAACAAACCAGUCCGUAAGAUAUAUAUGACCUUAAACUCAUCUUUCUCCCUCCCUCAAUAUCAUCCAGUAUACGUAUGUAUCCUCUUAUUAUUAUUACUGAUGACAUUUAUGUUUAUGAAAUGCUGUAGUGUUGUGUAUUCGUGAUGCUGUGGCGCAUCUCUAGCACUAGAGGGCAACAGAGGGUCGAAUAUGAAACAGAUGCGGACGCUAUCUGUUUGUUUACGUUUAUUUCGCUGACAGUAAUGCAUGUAAGCUAAGUGUCGUUGUAGCAGCAUAAAUCGAGAUCACUAUUUGACACCGUGUGACCGGAGAUGGUAUUGUUACUGGAGAUACCGCUCUAAAAACAGAUUUUAAAAAAAAGUUAAUGUCAAGCAUGUUCGGAGAUUGGGGCGUUUUCUAGCCGGAAGACAUUUGGAGUCGCACAGCCGGCGACGUCGACGUCUCCUCAGAAAGUGAGAGAUUUAAUAAUUCUUACAAGCUGCAGCUCGCUGCUGUACUUAUCUGAAAACAAAAUGCCACAGAAAGAUCCUUGUCAAAAACAGGCAUGUGCCAUUCAGAAAUGUUUACAAGCCAACAAAUACAUUGAACGCCUCUGCGAGGAUGUGAUCCGAGACAUGAGGAAGUGCUGUGAAGUCCACGCAGGAGAAAACUCUGUCUGCUGCUCUGGGUUUGCCAAAGAACACAGAUCUACUGACACAAAGACAAUCAUUUAAUAGAAGGCUAAACAGCACGCGUGUAUAUUUGCUCCAAGAGAUCCGAGGAGACUUUCAUGGACAUAUGGAAUACAUAUUCUCCAAAGAUGUCAGUCGUCCUCCGCUUGUCUCUUCUUUUUACAAUAAAACUUUAAUUAAAUCACCAA